ACCCAGCAGUCUCUACAAAUCCCUUUUCAUCUUUAGUUUACCCGUUUGUUUCUUUGCCUCUACAUCGUUACAUAUUUCCGGCUUUUCUUUUUCUUUUCCUUACUCUUUCUUCUCGCUCUGGAACCAAAGAGAGGCUAAGUGGAUCGGAGGUUUCGUUUUCUUUCUUGUUUCUAUUGGAUAAGGAGGGUAGAGGAUAAAAAUAUUAGUAAUGGCAGAAGCGGAACCACUGGAGAUGGCAUAUAUAUCAGAGGUGAUAUUGAAGAAAAGGAAGCACAAGGAAGAAUCGAUUGCACUUACGAGGAAAACCCAGUUGGAGUUGGGGCAACAUGGUGGGAAUAAGAGGAAAGUGGAGGAUAUUAAAAGGCCUGAACAGCUUGUCAGGGAGUUUAGGGACAGGGAAUUGGACCUCAUCCGAAUGAAACAGAGAGCUAAGAGGGCAAAAUCAGCAUUGUCCACACCAAAUUCAAAGCUUCUAUUUGUAAUUCGUCUACAUGGCAAAAAUGACAUGCAUCCAAAAACCAGGAAGAUCUUAUACAACCUGAGAUUGACAAGAAUCUUUCAUGGUGUCUUCUUGAAGGCCAGCCCAGGGGUAUUAGAAUUGCUACAAAAGGUGGAACCAUAUGUUACUUAUGGAUAUCCAAAUGUUAAGAAUGUGAGUGAUCUGAUUUACAAGAAGGGUUAUGGAAAGAUUGACAGCAAAAGAGUUCCACUAAUUGAUAAUAACAUUAUCGAACAGGCAUUAGGGAAGUAUGGCAUUCUAUGUCUAGAAGACAUUGUACAUGAAGUUGCGAAUGCUGGUCCACACUUCAGGGAGAUCCUUAAUUUUUUGGGGUCAUUUUCACUUAACAAGCCAAAAGAAGGAUUGCAAGGGAAAAGGGCGUUAUUCAAAGAUGGGGGAGACACUGGGAAUCGUGAGAAUCAGAUUAAUGAUUUAAUUGAUAAGAUGAAUUAACAUAUAAAACAGGUCCUAUGAUGAAGUGUAAUUCUCCUAACGUUUGCCCUUCUGAGCCGUGUAUCACAGUUCUUCUGGAUUUUGAAACCUUCAUAAAUCAUUUCAGCUCUUCUGAUUUUUCUGUUU